AUGGUUUCUUCCUACACUCGUCUCCUCACGGCCAUCUGUGCCCUCGCCGGCUCCGCCGCUGCUGUGACUCCCCUCAAGGUCCAGGGCAAGGACUUUGUCAACUCCAAGACCGGUGACCGGUUCCAGAUUCUCGGUGUUGACUACCAGCCUGGUGGCUCCUCCGGUUUCACCAAGGACAAGGAUCCUCUGAGCGAUCCUGAUGUCUGCCUCCGCGAUGCCGCUCUGAUGCAGCGCCUGGGUAUCAACACCAUCCGUGUUUACAACCUCGAGCCCACUCUCGACCACAACAAGUGUGCUUCCAUCUUCAAUGCCGCUGGUAUCUACAUGAUCCUCGAUGUCAACUCCCCCCUCACCAACGGCUACCUGGACCGCACUGCCCCCUGGACCACCUACACCAACGCCUACUACCAGCAGGUCUUUGGUGUCAUUGAGGCCUUCAAGUCCUUCGACAACGUUCUCGGUUUCUUUGCCGGAAACGAAGUUAUCAACGAGGAUGCCACUCGCCUCGCUCCCGCCUACGUCCGUGCCGUCGUCCGUGACAUGAAGGACUACAUCGCCAAGCAGUCCUCCCGCGCCAUCCCCGUCGGUUACUCGGCUGCCGAUAUCCGUGACAUCCUGAUGGAUACUCUCCACUACUUCGAGUGCGACCUGAAGAACUCCACCAGCUCCCGUGCCGACUUCUUCGGUCUCAACUCCUACUCCUGGUGCGGUGAUGCCUCCUACAAGUCCAGCGGCUACAACGUCCUGACCGAGGACUUCUCCAACGCCACCCUCCCCGUUUUCUUCUCCGAGUAUGGCUGCAACGAAGUCAAGCCCCGUGUCUUCACCGAAGUCCAAGCCCUGUACGGCGAAGAGAUGACCCAGGCCUUCUCCGGUGGCUUGGUCUACGAGUGGACUUUCGAAGAUAACGAGUAUGGCCUUGUCCAGGUCAAUGACAACGGUACUAUCACCACUCUGAUCGAUUACGACAACCUCCAGAAGCAGUUCAGCAAGUUGGACAUGAGCCGCAUCUCCGCUAGCAACAGCACCCAGACCGGUGUCGACCCGGAGACCUGCAGCUCCUCGCUGAUCAACAACUCGACUUUCUACAACGCCUGGAACCUGCCUGAUGCCCCCUCCAAGGUUUCCGACUACAUCAAGAACGGUCUGCCCAACAAGCCCUCCGGCUCUCUGGUCUCGGUGACUGCCACCACUCUCUCCCAGAAGGUGUACGACUACACCGGUAAGGAACUCACCGACAUCAAGCUCAAGGUUCUGGCCAACGGCGAGUCCAACACUCCCUCAAACUCCUCCUCCUCGUCUGGUUCCGGUACCUCUUCCUCCUCUUCUUCCUCGGGUACCUCCACCCACUCCAAUGCUGCUUCUGCUCUGAACGGUGCCCCCUCCAUUGCCCUCGGUGGUCUGGGUGGUGUCUUCAUGCUGCUUGCUUCGCUGUUGUAA